AUGUCUUAUUCAGGAUAUAAUUUCUCGUCUUAUCAGAAUCAGGGUGUGGGGUACCAGAAUCCCAACUCUUCAUACAAGCCUGGGCAAGUUGCGUCAAGCAUUCAAUCCUCAUCAUCGACCGCCGAACAGCAACAUAAUGACAGAGACUCCCGACACAGUUACGCAUCACAAGAUCGCAGCUCUCACAGCUUACAAAUGUCUAGUGCACCCCAGGCUUCAAAUGGUUACUGGUCUUCGAAUGACAACCCGGAGCACAAGACUCAGAAUUAUUCGUCCCAGGUCUCUUAUCGGAAUUCAUCGUUAAGUCGCAACACUACUUUUGAGCCCACGACGACUCAGCAUCCCACACCUAAUGCCUCCUCUGCGAGUACGCCUUAUCUCAACACAAGGGCUGUGUCGAGCACUCCUCCCAGCCCACAACCCCCUUCUCACAAUUCAAACCUAUAUCAACAAAAGACUGUUCAUAAUCAGGCUACCCUAUCUUACUCUACACAUAGCUCUGUUAUUAAUCCGACAAGCUACGUAGAUUCCGCGCAACAAUCGAGAGCAAUUGCCGCAACAGCAAUGACUGCCCUGUCGACAUCCACUCCAACACCGCGAUUUUCACAACGAAAUACAGCGAACUCUAUGACGGCCUACGCGAGAGAAACCCAGACCUAUAUCCCCACUGUUCCUACCACCAGUGCUCCGAGCACAAGCCAGCCCCAAUACGCUCCUACGUCGUCACGUCAAACCCCUGUUUCGCAGCCUCCAGAGGGACCCUCUAUUAUUCACGGAGACCAAAGCAGGGAACCUUGGGCCUCGACGCCUAUACAUUCGCGGACAUACUCAAACCCCCAUCAAUUACCAGCCCCACGGAAUUCUACCUCCUUUGGGAGCACCAAUCACCUAGCUACUGGCACAACUUUUACUCCUGAUCAUUUGAGUGUGCGCCAUUCAUCUGAGCAUGGCGCAGGUAUGGAGACCGGAUCAUCUGGCAUGGGUACCGCACAUUUAGAUAACACUACCGAUUAUCAUACCUCAAUUAUUCAUAGGGAAGCCACCGUCUCUUCAACUGAAGGCCGCCAAAACAGUCCGUAUAAAAACGACCCAAAUAUUGGACUCUCGCAGCGUUCACCUCAAAGAUCCACUUUCGUUGACCCCAGUAAAAUUUAUAACCCAUACCAUGAUUACGAACGCGCCAAAGCCUCGUAUCGUGCUAGUAGCCAGCCUGCAGGCUCCCCAAAAGCAGUGCAACUAGAGACAGACCAAGGUUCAAGUGCUAGUAUGGCUGCUCCAACUGCCCAGGGCAUACCCCCAGAAACAAAUGACAAAAUCGAGACGACGAAGCCAAAGAAAAAGCCGAAAAGGGCAUCGGGUAAUCAUCGCACCCCUAACUCAAAAGCCAACAGUGACUUAGCCUCCGAACCAAAAGAAACAACCGAACCAAACACAGAGAAUCUUCCACUGGAGACUCCAGGUACCGCGUCAACCAAGAAGAGGGGCCGAAAACGGAAAUUGCCGGCAACCCCAGAUAUUCCGUCAAAUGAUACCUCCAAUUCUGCUCCUCCAGCAGCCCCCAAAUCAAAUACUGUCCUCGUAGCUGAACUGGCCGAAACUUCCGUUGAAGAAAAGAUGGCAUCUGAAAUGAGAUUAAUGAUAGAAAAGAUGAGAGAAUGGAGGUCGAAAGAUCCAUCAUUAUUUGCUAAGUUGUGGGAAGAUGUUAAGAAGGGCCCAUCCUCGACAAAUUCCCAGACCCCAACCAUAACCAAAACUUCUCAACCCAUAAUAACACCAACGGUCACAAGUACCAAUUCAAAAAUCCAACCUUCUAUUGUAUUACAAGAGCAAAGUAAUCAGAAUCCAAAACUACCCGACCUUGGAAAAUUCCCGGCUGCAAGGAGGAAGAGAAUAAAAAAGCCACGCAAGAGUGCUCCUGAGCCUAAUCCUGAACAACACCCACCGGCAGAGGAUGAAACAAUGGUGGUUGACCGGGAGCCACCUCCCAACCAGGCAACAACUGAGCAUUCCUCCUGCCCCAUCGAAGCCGUGACAAGCAUUGCCAAUCCACAGAAGGAUUCCCAGGAUAGCCACUCGAAUAUUCAUGCGUCCUUAUCUAUUCAAGAUGCAGUGGGCCAGCCCUCGCUACCUUCUGAUAUCGCUGGGCCAUCUGACCAACACCCCAAAGCACCUGCUGAGAAUACUCAACCUGGUCUGUUGCCCGAAACUAAGGCGCCACGAACCCAGCCAUGUAACGUCUGGCCAUUAGCAAAGCGGCAAGCUCUUGCAGAGGCUGCAUGCUCCUAUAUUCAUGGGACCGCGCGAAACGCGAACAAAGAAUGCCCUACAGAAUUGAUACUCGGCUUGAUUGAUCAAGAUCCAUCGUACAUACAAUUGUGCGAGAUGAUCGAGGUGAAAGGCUACUAUCUUAACAGAGUGCACUUUGCAAAGCAUCUUCUUAAAGCAGUUCCAGAUCUCGCGAGCACCCCUCGACCAAGGGAUUCUGCGCCUGGACCUAGUCUUGAUACCCCUUCUCGGGUCCCAUCAAGCUCAUUAAAACCUAGCUCUGUGUCUACCAUGGCGCAGGAACCGCCCUCAAUCUCGCCUAAUCCUUCGCAAGCUCCCUUUACUCCCGAAAGUUCAGUGUCAAGGCCUCCUGUGGCCGGCCCUUCUCAAACAGAUGCUGGCAACACCCAAACUCCAAUUCCUUCCAAUCUAAAUACGUCGACUGCAUGUUCACCUCCCACUGCCAAUUCUGCAUUACCGACGAGUUCAUUUGGCCCGUGCGAUCCGCCGCGACUCCCUAUGCCGCCAGUUCCUGCCAUGUCAAGACAACUACCCCCUCCCCCCACUACUUCCAUCCUAUACUUAAACAAUCUGCCUGUGACGCCGCUACAGCGUGCAGGAAUUCAAGCAUCUUUCGCUACAAUUCCUACUCUUCCACCUGUCGCACCACCUAUUCCUCUGCCCCCUCGGCCAAAAUCACCGAACGAACGUCCAGCUGAACCCCGAACAACUCCCGGUGGCCCGGGAUGGGCUCUAUUCCACAAAUUUAAACAUUCGCAAGACCCAUUAGCACCUACCGCGCACACCGCCCCCGCGAAAGAACCGACUCCCACACCAGGGCCAAAGGAGGCGCAGGCGAAGAAACGCAUGUUCUCGGAGAUUGUCGAUUUAUCACAAACACUCAGCGAUGAUGACGAUGUGAUUGAAGUUGAUGCACCUUCACCGAAAGCCCCUCGUUGCAAUAAGCCCGAAAUUACGGAACUGGCGUCGCCCAACGUUGCCAUACCGACCCAGACUGAGGCCAUAGAUGCAUCAGCGAACAAAACCGUCGAGACAGACGGCGCCGUCAAAAGGAGUGCAUUACGGCGAAACCGGGAUAUAGUAAAAUCUUUUAGUAAAGCUGAGGCGCUUCGAAGGUCUUACUAUGAUCCAAAAACGAUCGCGCGAGACAUCCUUAUCGCGGCUGGGCGACAUCCAACAGAGCAGCCCCUGAAUUACCACCUUUUCAGGCUGCGCGAGAGCUUCGAAGCGGUGGAGAACAAUUCAAACUUACGAACCUUCCGAUGGGACCUUGUUGAUCCGGGCUCGCCGCCGCCCGAAGUGCCUCUCGCUCCGCUGCCGUCGCGACCGCCCAUUCCCGCGCGCCCGUGUGACAUGGAGGCUAACUCCGAUCAGUCGUCGUCCGAAUUACAUAAUCUAGUUCCACGUGACUCGAGUGCCAAGCCCACUGUUGGGUCUUCACUGCCGCCAGACGCGGAAGCUCUGUCAUCCAACAAAGUCUUCCCCCUCCCAUCUUUCACUCCGGUUAAUCGACUUCCUCUUCAGCCCUUCCCCACAGCGAUGGAAACCUCUUCCGUGCCUCGUCGCGGUCGUGGUCGCCCUCGGCUGCAUCGUGACAACAAAAAGCCUCGGCACACUGGCGUCGAAGUGGUGAUCCGACCAAGCUCGCGCUCCGGCCCGCUGUAUAGAGAGUUUGCCUGUUCUUGGAGAGGCUGCGAUGCGAAGCUUCAUAAUUUGGAGACUCUUCGAAAACACGUCGAACGAUUACAUGUCUCUGCAGGUAUUGGUCAAACUCCCUGUCAGUGGUCGGGUUGCGAUGUUUCGGGCCCGUCGAGCUCAAAGGACCCGCCGCCGUCUCAAAAUCUCCUUAGCUCUGUCGAGCUACGUCAGCACUUAGAAUCGACUCACCUGAGUGAUCUUGCCUGGAGAUACGGCGAAGGUCCCACGACGAAAGGAUCCGGUGAGAAUGGAAAUGAUGUCGCAACCCCAAUAGUUAUUCUCUAA